AUGAGUGAACCUAAUAAAUUUGUUGGAAACUCUGACCCCACGUUAUCAAAUGCGGCUAUGUUACCAACAGGAGAUGUUCCAUCGUUUCGCAAUCCUAUGCCGUCCACUUCAACUGGACCAAAUAUUGGAGUCCCUGUUUUGCCUCCUCGGCCUGAUUUUAAUAUGCAGCCAAGUUAUGGCAUGAAUUCCGGUUAUUCAUAUGGAGGUAUGAGCGGAUCUUAUGGUAUGGGGGGCUAUGGGGGAUAUGGAUAUGGUGGUCUCGGAGGUGGAUAUGGAAUGGGAGGAAUGGGUAUGGGUAUGGGUGGUAUGAGCCCAUAUGGGGGGUUUAACAGAUAUGGCCCAAUGCAUGGAGACAUAGAGAGCAGAUUUAUUCAAAUGGCAGAAGAAAAUUCAAGGCCUACCUUUGAUUCAAUCCAAAGUGUAGUCAAUGCUGUGGGUAGUGUUGCCAUGAUGUUAGAGAACACAUUCUUUGCAUUGACUAGCUCAUUUAGAGCUAUUCUAGGUGUGGCAGAAAACUUUGGUCGUCUCAGGUCAUUGUUUGCCCAAUUCUGGUCGACAUUUGCAGUAGUAAGAAGUCUUAACUGGCUUGUAAGGAAAUUACUAGUCAUGCUCGGAAUAAGAACAGAAACUGAAUUUAAGGCUUGGGCCGAAGCUGUGGCCGCCACACAGACCGGUGCCGCCUCUCCUGAACAGAAGGCCAAAGGGUCCAGUUGGCCGAUUCUCCUAUUUUUCGGUGUCAUAGCGGCCGCCCCUUACAUUGUAUUGAAAAUGCUUAAUGGAUUGACUUCAAGUAUACACGAAAGAUUGCAAGAUCCAAACACUUGGCAGAAUCCAUUAAGGGCAGUCGCUCAACACGACUUCCAAGCUACAUCACCCCAAGAGAUCAGCUUUUCAGCAAACCAGGUCCUGAUCCUUGCUCCUCAGCAUCUUCAAGGACAGCUCUGGAACUCCGGCUGGUUGAUGGCCACUACAGACAGACAAACAGCUGGACUCGUACCAGUUCCAUAUAUAAAAGUCAUCAAACCUAUAAACUCAAGUGAAAACCAAAAUAAUCAAACAAAUUCCAAUGAUAAGGUAAGUAAAACGGAAAACACUGAAAGUUUAAACGAUUUAGAGAAAUAUUAUGGUCAAGAGUUA